AGCAAGCUGCUGUAGGUACAACAACAAUAACACAUCGUAAAUCGCGAUAACCGCAGCAGCUGUGAUAACCGUUUCGUCUGCCACUCCAUCACAACUCACAAGAACUAUAUUUUAUUUUUCGUAAUAAAUUUCUGUUUGUAUACACAGCCGAUUGUAAUAAACGAGAUUUUAUACUGUAACGUUAUUGACGAUAAUAUACGUGGUUUUCUUCAAUGAUUUUUUCGUGAAUAUGACCACUGACUGAUUUUAUUUUUACGCUGUCUUCGGUUCCUGUGUCCAUCGUCGUCGCGACAGGCGUCAGACCGUCAGGUAUUACUUGUCUAAUAAUAUAAUAAUAAAUAUCAUCGCAUCGCAUUCGCCUGCCCGUCGGUAUUAAAUCGUAUUUUCGGAUCGAACAAAACGAUUAAAUUAAUAUCGGAAUGAUGAUAAACGGUCGCAUGCCGAUGUGCGAUUCCCAGCCGAUGACUGCGAAGACAUGUAAGAGGUCCGGUGAAGCGGCCACUGCCGCCGCUUGAUUGCAGAAUCAUGACGGCAUCGAACCAUGGACCGCGUGGGACCACUGCCGCCACCCAGCGCCACCAAUGCAACGCUGUCCGUGGACAGUUCCAAGGGACGUCUGGUGGUCGAUCGGAUAGACUCCAUCAGGAACCUGUUCGGGUGUGAGCUGCGAAUCGUCCACGGUGGCAGUGGCUCGUCCACGGCGGUGGUUUUCGCCGUCACCAGGUUGGACGAAUACGACAGAAAGUUACCGGACGAUCAUUUGAUCGAUCGGUUAAAGUGUUACGUGGACUCGUUGGACGAACUGCAGCUGCAGACACUGGACGAGUGCAGCAACGACGAUUCGAGCUAUGACUCGGACUUUGGCGGUGAUGAUGAUGCUAGCGGCAGUCAGCACUUUAGCGGCCAUCACGACAUCAGCCGUACCACGUCAGACACGCUAAGUGCCGAGUACGCGGAUUACGUGAGCGCGGCCGCAUACAAAUCGAGAGUGGACUUUGCACUUAAGCUCGGUUACACCGAACGUUUAGUGCAGACAGCAAUCAGCAAGCUGGGUCCUGAACCCACGCAGGACCAACUAUUAGCAGAAUUGAUCAAGCUCGGUGCACAAUGUAGUCACAAAUUGCACUGCGAGUCGGACGGCGAAGACUCUCAGUCGAAUAACACCAACGACCUGCUGCAGAUUAGUCCCCAAGCGCCUAAACUUCGGCAUGUCGUCAUCGAUGGCAGCAACGUCGCUAUGAGCCACGGAAACAAAGAGACAUUCUCGUGUCGAGGUAUCAAAAUCUGCGUCGAUUGGUUCCGGAUGAGAGGUCAUACAGACAUCACAGUGUUUGUGCCGAAGUGGCGAAAAGAAGCUUCUAGGCCCGACAAUAGGAGGAUCAUCGAUCAAGAUAUCCUGACGGAAUUGGAGCGCGCCAGGAUGCUGGUUUUCACCCCUUCUAGAGAAAUUGGUGGUAAACGCAUGGUGUGUUACGACGAUCGGUACAUCCUGCGUUUGGCCUCGGAACUCGACGGCGUCGUCGUAUCGAACGACAACUAUCGAGAUUUGGCCAACGAGAGUCCUGCGUUCCGUUCGGUCGUGCAAAACAAUAUACUCAUGUAUUCUUUCGUCAACGACAGGUUCAUGCCGCCGGACGAUCCGCUGGGCCGUUCGGGUCCUACCCUCGACGUAUUCCUCCGGAGCAAAGCGCCGGGUGUUGGUCUGACCGCCGUCAGCGCGGAGACUUGUCCGUACGGUAAAAAGUGCACGUACGGCAACAAAUGCAAGUUCAGUCACCCCGAACGCGGUCUACAGCCCGUCAAGUCCGUCACCGAACGGCUGAUGGAGCACGUCCAGCGACAGGGCUCGGCCGGCCGACAGAUCAAGGGUAAGUCGGUGAGUCUGCCGCUGCAGCAGUCCGGCUCCAACAACCAGAAGAAGCCGCUGGCCAGGACCAUGUCCAACGUUCCGCCGCUUACGACCACCACCUCGUCGACCCAUCAUCAUCCGCAUUGGAUGGGUGGCGGUGCGUGGUCGACGACGCCGUCGCCGUCGCCGUUGAGCUCGAACAACGCGGUGUACUGCGGCAGAGGCAAGCCUGCCGAUUCGUCUGAGCCCGAGCCGGACUGCAGCAAUUUGCACCACAAGUUACAGCGGCAGCUCACACUUAACCCGACCUAUGAUCCGCGUCUGGUACACCUGCGGCAGAGCCAGCACUUCAACGUGACACGAAUAGCAUCCGCCCCGCCCGUGCCCAUGCCGCAGCCGCAGGCAAUGAACUUGCCGCCGCACACGAUGGCGGCCAGCUGUUCGGACCCACAGAUAUUUCCCGGUUACCAUGAGGCCAGGCAAAAGCUGUACUACCAUUUGGCGUCCAUAUUUCCCGAAGAACAGGUGUCGGCGGCCAUGCAGUACUACCCGAACGAGACCAACCCCCAAAAGAUUUGUGCGGCCAUUCUGAACAUGUUCUCGAAAACGUGAUGACGUGAACCCGUGCUAGUUCACAAGUGAUUUUGUCUGACAAUAUAUUAUAACGUACGGGUAUAAUUAUAUUAGCUUAUCGACAAGACGGCGACACUCGAUACAAUGUAUCUGAUUAUUAGUGUUGAUUUAUUCUUAAAUCAUGUAUAUUUGUGUAGACUAUUAUGUUAAUUUUGUUUAAGUUUAUUUUAAGUCGAUAUUUUUAUAUUUCUAUGUUUUCGUUAACCUGUCAAAAUGACGACAAAUUGCGGUAUUAAUAAUAAUAAGAUUUUAAUUUUUUUUAUUA